AUGGCUUUCGCCAGCCUCCUGGAGCACGUGGGGGGCAUGGGACGCUUCCAGGUGGUCUCGGUGCUUCUCCUGGCCCUGCCCGUCCUCAUGAUGGCCAGUCACAACCUUCUGCAGAACUUCACGGCCGCCACCAGCGACCAUCGCUGCCGGCUUCGGUGGGAGGCCAACGCCACCGGCCUCGACCCCCGGGACCUGCUGAGGGUUUCGGUUCCUCACGGCGAGCGGUGCCGGCGGUUUGUGACACCGCAGUGGUGGCUUUUGGAGGUCAAUGCCUCGGCUCCCAACAGCAGCUGGCCAGAAACGGAGCCCUGCCGCGAUGGCUGGACCUACGACCACAGCAUCUUCACCAGCACCAUCAUCACUGAGUGGGACCUGGUGUGCAGCUCCCGGGGGCUGAAGCAGUUGGCCCAGUCGCUCUACAUGGCCGGCGUCUUGGCGGGCGGCAUCGUCUUCGGGGGUCUCUCGGACAGGUUCGGCCGCCGGUCGCUGCUCACCUGGUGCUACCUUCAGAUGGGCACCAUGGGGACGUGCUCCUCCUUCGCCCCCACUUUCACCGUCUACUGCCUCUUCCGUUUCCUCACGGGCAUGGCCUUCUCCGGCAUCGUCCUCAACAGCGUCUCCCUCUCUUUGGAGUGGAUGCCCACUCGCACCCGGGCGCUGGUGGGGACCUUCAUGGGUUACUGCUACACCACCGGGCAGUUCCUGCUGGCUGGGAUCGCCUACGCCGUCCCCGAUUGGCGCUGGCUGCAGCUCACCGUGUCGCUGCCCUUCUUCUGCUUCUUCCUCUACUCGUGGUGGUUAACGGAGUCAGCUCGCUGGCUGGUCAUGGUGGGGAAGUCCCAGCAAGCCCUGAAGGAGCUCCAGAAGGUGGCCAGGAUAAACGGGAAGAAGGAGGAAGGGGAGAAGCUCGACAUCGAAGCCUUGAGGUCCCACAUGGCGAAGGAGAUGGCUUCAUCGAGGAGCCAGGGGACGGUGUGUGACCCCCACAUCCCCCUCCCCACCUCCCCACCGGUGACAUUUGUCCCCCUCCUCACCUCUUUUUGGCCUAGGUUCUCCACCAGCUUUGCCUACUACGGGCUGGCCAUGGACCUGCAAAACUUUGACGUCAACAUCUACGUGAUCCAGCUCAUCUUUGGGGCCGUGGACAUCCCGGCCAAGCUGGUCUCCAUCCUCACCAUCACCUUCGUGGGGCGACGCUUCACCCAGUCCGUUGCCCUCAUCCUGGCUGGCUUGGCCAUCUUGGCCAACAUCUUGGUGCCACGAGACCUGCGGACGCUCCGGACCGCCCUGGCCGUCUUCGGGAAGGGUUGCUUGGCCGCGUCCUUCAACUGCGUCUUCCUCUACACGGGUGAGCUCUACCCCACCGUUAUUCGGCAGACGGGCAUGGGGUUGGCCAACACCAUGGCCCGCCUGGGCAGCAUCACGGCCCCCUUGGUGAAGAUGGCAGGUGACGUCUUCCCCGCGUUGCCCUUCGUCAUCUACGGGGCGGCCCCCGUGGUGUCGGGGCUGGUGGCCAUCUUCCUGCCAGAGACACGGGACACGGCCCUGCCUGAGACCGUGGAGGAGGUGGAGGGCAGGUGGGGUUGGAAGGAGACCCAGCCCCAGAAGGACCAAGCCCAACAUCUCCAGGUCCCGCUUCAGCCCAGCGGCACCGUGGGGGCCUCCUAG